GGGCGCGGAGCGCCGUGAGCGCGGAGCGGGGCGCGGGGCAGCGCCCGCCGCCGUCCUGCAUGGCGGGCGGCCCGCGGCGCUGAGGGGGCAGGCGGUGCCCCAGCAUGGCGCGGGGCGGCGGGCGGCUGCAGCCCCGCGCCGCCGCUGCCCCUGCCCGGGGGGACCGGGGGCCGCUCGGCCUCCUGUGCCUGGCGCUGCUGUGCGCGCUGGGCGCCGCCGAGGCGGAGUUCUCCAUCCUGGACGAGGCGCAAGUCCUGGCCAGCCAGAUGAGGAAACUCGCCACCGAGGAGCUGAGGGUCGUCACCAUGCAGAGGAUAUUCAACUCCUUCGUGUACACAGAAAAAAUAUCGAAUGGAGAAAGCGAAGUUCAGCAGUUGGCAAAAAAAAUCCGUGAGAAGUUUAACCGUUACUUGGACGUUGUGAAUCGGAACAAGCAGGUCGUGGAAGCUUCAUACACUGCUCACCUCACCUCACCCCUGACUGCCAUCCAGGACUGCUGCACCAUCCCCCCAUCCAUGAUGGAAUUUGAUGGGAAUUUCAACACCAACGUUUCCAGAACCAUCAGCUGUGAUCGACUCUCGACCACUGUCAACAGCAGAGCCUUCAAUCCUGGACGUGACUUAAAUUCUGUCCUUGCUGAUAACCUGAAGUCUAACCCAGGAAUCAAGUGGCAAUAUUUCAGCUCAGAAGAAGGGAUUUUCACCGUGUUCCCAGCCCACAAGUUCCGGUGCAAAGGCAGCUACGAACACCGCAGCAGGUAGGAUUUGUCCUUCCCAUUUCCUGGGAAAAGCAUUCACACUGCAUUCCUCAGGCCCUCAUUUCACUCACUGUUGUCCUUUGCCAAGCUGCCAACAUUCAUGAGUAACUUCUAAUGGAGUCCCUUGGGUUUUCUUAGGGCUCUUUUUUAAAGCACUACUUUUCACUUCUAAGGAACUAAACUAAAAUUCCAAACAGGUCCUCACCUCUCCCAAAUUAAAUCAGCUGUAAAAAGCAGCAACUUGGAAGUUGUAGGUCAGCCUGCAGGCAAAAUCCAACUUAUAUUUGACUCAUGCUUGACUCCUGUUAAUGGAGCAGUGAACAGACAUUCUGCUGAUUUGGCAGGUGCAUCACUUUGGGGAGGGAGGGGAAGGAUGAGAGUCUGGGAAGGGCACAUAGGUUGGAGCAUUUUUCCCCAGGUUCAGGUGGCACAUCAUGGAUAGCAGGGAAGCAGCAGUGAAAAUUUCCUUCCACUAAAAUAAAAAAGUAAAAAUAAAGCAUCAGCUGGUGGCAGAGUUUCCUGCACAGGGAUUUCUGUUCUCUGGACAUGAAGGCAAAAA